AUGGCAGCCGUUUACUUUGUAACAGGUUUACUCCUUUUGCUGCUAGGAAUUGGUAACGCUGUUAUGGCUCUAUCAGCAACUAUUGAUAUAGCCUUCAUCGUAAAAAGCCUUAAUCCUACAGAUUUAUUUUCUACUCCAUCCGUUCUUGGCAAUUCGAUGAUUAUUACUGGGAUUCUUUCUAUCAUUCAAUAUUUUACUCCCACUAAUGCAAUGUUGGUUGCUAUUUAUAUCUUCAACAUUCAUACCUUAACAUUACUACCGAUAUCCAUCUUUACUUCCAUCUACUACUAUGCUACUAUUCCACGAUUGAAUUUAGCAACUCGUCAAUCUAUCGCCAUUUUUGCAGUUAUUGUCCUUUUCUAUCUAUCUACAAUCAUCAUUUCCGUUUACAUUGCCAUGCAAUAUUUCACCGAUUUUAUAACCAGUCGUCAUUAUCAUAAGCUAUCUGAUUUAAAAGAGGAACAAAAUAGUGACAGAUCCAUUAAUGAGGGUGAAAUAGCCUUUCGUCUUUCAUCGACCAAAAAGAUUAGAAAUGUAGCCAUAUUUCAGUUAAUAUGUAGCGGUGUUCUUAUCGCAUCUGGACUGGCAGAUCUUUUCUUGUUUCAAGGUUUAUACAGUAAUCAGACAUUUUAUGCUGGCAGCUUAUUAUGUGUGACCAGCAUUUGUGGAAUUCUUUCGGAGCAUAAAAACAUUGACGAAGGGAUGAUUUGGUUUGGCAUAUUAUCGCGCGUAAGCCGCUUAAUAUGUAUUUCAACAAUCGGAAUCAAUGUUCUUGCCUAUCUUAAUACUUCAGCAGCAGCUCUAUAUGAAGAUCCGGACAAUAUUCGUUCCUUAUUCAUAUGCGUGUCUGUUAUGUUGGUACUGGGAUUUUUAACUUCGUUUUAUAUUACGUUAAAGCUGACGUCGAAUAUUGGCUUCUUUAAUGUCAUCUCUGUAUGGAAAAAGCGACGUGCGGAACAAAGUUAUAAACCAGAGCUAUGCUCACUCACUACUGUCUUGAGCACUAUCCAAUUUUUGGCUGCCUUAUUUUUAUGGGCUAGUGGAGUCGCUGCUAUGCUUUAUGGUAAAGCUCAACACCUCUCUUUCAGUACUUUCUCUACCGCUAGUUGGGUCAUUGUAGCAGCUAAAGUUGGCGUAAGCCUUAACCGGAUGAAAUCUGUUCAAAUUGCUACUAAUACACGAAAACUAACGAAAGACAUGGGAUCAAGGAACAUGCUAACUGCUAAUGAAGAUAAUAAUGAACAGGAGGACUCAAGAGAGUCUGCAAACUGA